UACAUAUUUUAGCGCGGGAGCUUGGGUUUGUGUUGCUUCAGUAUUCGCCAUUAUAGCUCGCAAACAAGAUGUCGACUGUACUGGAUGUGCCAAAGCCUCGAAUUAACUGUUCGAUGUUGUCGCGGUAUAUUAACAAACCAGUGUGUUUCGUCGGGCGUGUUGAAAAGGUGCACCCAAGUGGGAAAGCGUUCACUGUUGCCGACGGAGAAGGACAAAUUGCCACAGUAGAGCUAAAUGAACCCCUUGGAGAGGAGCUGUGUGGAAUUGUGGAGGUGAUUGGAAUGGUGUCCAACAAAGGAGCUGUCAUGGCCACCACCUUCAACAUGCUGCGAGAAGAGAAGGACAUUUCUUUCGACUUGGAACUCUACAAUGAAGCUGUGAAGGUCAUUCACGAUUUCCCCCAGCAUUAUCCUUUUCAAGUGGCUGCAAGCGGAUAAACCUUUUUUUUUUUUUUUUGUCGUACACGGAAGAAAAUAGUAUAUGUUUGUCACAAAAGUUUAUAAUAAACCUUCAAAAAUG